CCGUUUUGGCGGCUUUCCUGCUGCGGGAGUCAGAGGAUGCGGCUGCGGGAGCGGGAGGAUGCGCCCCUUGACGUCCUCGACCCAUCCUAUCUCCGGCACAUCACCGACGCAGAUGACCUUUCAUCCGUCCGGAGCGUCGAGCUGUGCGUGGAUGUGGACGAGCAGCCCAUCGCCGAGUUGGGGGAGCUCCUGCCCUCUCUGCGUCACCUGCGGCUCAAUGGGUCCAACGUGCCGUCGCUUCGGGAGCUGGGCGUGCGGUUCGGCUGUUUGCGGGUGCUGUGGCUGACGCGCUGCGGAGUGAGGGAUCUGGGAGGGGUGCAGGGGCUGCCUGCACUGCAGGAACUCUAUCUGGCGUUUAAUGCUAUCGAAGAGCUCUGGCCGCUGGCAGGUGCGAUGGAUGAAUGAAUGCACUCACCCCACACACACAGACACAAUCACACACAUACGCACAUACACACACACAUACACACGCAUCUCCGUUCCCUGUGUGUGCAUGGUUUUUGCCGUCUGUCCAUCCGUCAGGCCACGAGUGUCUGGAGGUUCUCGACCUCGAGGGCAAUGAGUUGCGGUCGUUGCAGGAGGUGACCUUCCUCACAUCAUGCCCGGCUCUCAGACACCUGACCCUCCAGGCCAACCCCCUCACACACGACCCCGCCUUCUCGCCCCAGUGGGUGGCCGAGCGGCUGCCACAGCUGCAAACCCUCGACGACGCCCCGCUGGGCAGCAGGAGCGGGCUGCUCGAGGUGGAGGAGGUCGGCGAGGAGAGCGAGGAGAGGCAGCAGGAAUCGGAGCCUGACGAGUGGGACGAGGUGCCGUCUGGCCGUGGUGUUCCGGUGCCGACUUAUGCGCGAGGGCAUGAGGUAGAGGUGCUCGACCUGUCGCAGCUCGACGCCAUCGAGGAGGAGAACGAGGAGGACAAUGGUCCGAUGGGUGGCCCCUCGGGCGGUGGCUUCUCGUCUGGGUCGUGCAACCCUUGCCUGUCGGCCAUGCCCCCUCUGGAGUGUCUAGUGUCGUCUCCGCGGCUGAGAAGGAUGAAGGCCGACGUCGAGAGGGAUAUGGGCAGGGAGGGCGAUGCGGCAGAAUCGGCCGCAGCUGGUGGUGCGGUUCGUGGUGGCGGUGAUGUGUUUCCUGGUGAGCCUGCGGAGGAGGAACUGCUCGUUGAGAGCAUCAAGGUGAGUGGGGUAAGGGUGUCUGACGAUGGACUUGCGCGACUCGAGAGGUUCUUUGGCUUGGUUGGGUUGAUUCAGGCGUGUCGGAGCGCUGCUGCCACGGUGUCAGCUGCCUCAUCCAGCAGCGCAUCGCGGGCGUCACACCGCCCCACAUCGGCUGCAGCACUCAACCAGAGGACGCACAUGCCAUCCAGACCCCGUAAGUUGACAAACCGAGACCACUGGACAUCCUGUGCGCGUGUAUCUAUCGCUGCCUGCCACUGUCUGCAUCCUUCAAUUCAGAGAGCGCGGCGUCCCACCACGGGCCCUUCCCGGUCCCCCCUCCCCUCUCCCUUCGCCGCCCCUCCACUCCAGCCGUCCCGCCCCCCUCGCUCGUGUAUCAUCACCGGCCUGCAUCGGACUUCGGCUGGGUGGCCGACGAACAGCAUGGUGCGGCCGACAGCGGUGUGUCAGACCUCACUGUCGGCACUGAUCGCAGCUUCGCGGGCAGCCCCUUGGCGGCUAUCCGCCACAGUAGACAGAGGAGCACGCAGAGUGCGCGUGUUGGGGAGAGGGGGAGGGGCGGUGGUGGUGCCGGCGGUGUGUUGGGCAUCCGUGCACUGAUGGCUCAGGUGCGGCUGGAGGCGGCCACGACCAUGAGUGCUGAGGAGAGGGAGUGGAUGAAGCAGCAGCAGAGGCAACACAGUAGACAAGUACGAACGGCCAGCGGCACCUUUACACAUGCAUAGAGUGUCAUCAAACGGGUGUGUAUCUGUUUUCUCAGCAUCGUCGCAUCGUGACGCCUCCCGCCCCCUCCCAGGCCCCACAGCCGCCAUCCACGCCCAGCGACUCCGCAUUCGUCCGCCGCAGAGUGCCGAGUUGUCGUGUUCAUGGCGCUGCCGCGGAGGAAAGCAAGGAGGGCGGGCUGCGCGUCAAUGAGGCGGAAUGUCACAGUGCCGGCAGCACAGCGGCCACCAGGGCGCCCACGAGUGCCCAGAGCAGUGGGGUGGGGUGAGGGGAGGACGCAUCGGUGGGUUGGCAUGGCACGUGUAUGGGAUGGGUGGUGUUUGACAUCCGUACACGUACCCAUACGUACGUGUUGUGAAGCGAUCGGAUCGGCAGACCGGACCGAUGCAUGCGUUGAUUGACUCGACUCGUGUGUGUGCUGUGCCUUCAUUCAUUCAUUCGUUGAUGGCCAGAGGGAUGGAAGGAUGGAGGGAUGGAUGUUGGGUGCACGUACGUCUCGCAUGCAUCCAGCGGACAGAUAGAGCGUCGGCACUCAGCCGCUGAGCUCAGGCUGAGCCAAGGAGAGCUGCACAUGGC